AUGGCCUUUAGCUUUGGCAACGCUUCGGGUGCUGUGUCCGGAGGGAACUCUGGACCUGACCUAGAGACCAUCCAGACAGAGGAUCUUGGGUUCCAUUCUAUUGCUGGAGAUGCCAAGGUCCGCUUGACUUCAGCAUGGGAGUCACUUCCUGCGCCGACCGCGUCUUUGCUCAGCAUCGCGUCCAAGAAAGGCGUCAUCGCUGCUGCUGGCCCCGACCAUGUUACAAUCGCUACGGCCGAGUCUGUCCGAAAGGCUUUCGAGGGCCCCAAACCAGACGACUCUGAUGUCCGCAACCUUGAGCCCCAGCUCAAGCUCUCCAUGCCUAUGCGCAUCUCGCAGCUGGCAUUUACCGCGGACGAGAACUACCUGAUACUGUCUGCAGAGACUGGCGGCGGCCUCGCUGUCUACGAAGUGCAGAGUCUGCUUUCUGGAUCGACAAACUCGGCCUUUGAGCUGUCUACCAAUGGCGAGUCCCUCAGGUCUCUUGCGCCCAAUCCGACAGCGGAGAAGGCCGAGCUCUGUGCUAUUGUCACGACAAACGGGAAGCUCCUCAUGGCAAAUCUGAAGGAGAAACGUAUUAGCGAUUCGCUGAAGUCUCAAGUUAGCUGCGUGGGAUGGAGCUCAAAAGGCAAGCAGCUAUGCGCCGGAUUGGGUGACGGCACAAUCCACCAAAUGACCCCCGAGGGCGAGGGCAAGGCCGAGAUCCCAAAGCCCGCCAACAUUGGGAGCCACCAUGUAUCGUCCAUUAUUUGGCUCGAGAACCACUUGUGGUUGGCUAUAUAUACCGCGUCAGGCGAGUCGCCCUCCACUGUCUACAACAUCAUUACGCGCCAACCUCCUUCGGCGUUCAACUUCCGGAAGCUCACCGAUCCCGUCGAACCCUUUGUGCCGGACAAAGUUCCGCACCACUCGCUUCUGCGGUUGCGGGACUACCCACCGGCUCUACAAGACCUUUUGAUCAUUUCCUCAUCGGCAUCGACGGAGGUGGGAUUGCUGAGCAGAUCGCAAAAGCCCUUGGCUAGCGACAAGCCUGCCGACUCCAUCACCGGAGUUUUCACCACGACAGAAUUACUUGACGAUACCAGACGACCAACGUUACCCAUGACAGACUCUAUGGAAGACUCAACCCCAAUUGGAAUUGCUCUCGACCUGUCCAGCAGAGAUACGGUAUACAGACCGAUUCCGUCUGACGAGGAGCUCAACGAAUCUAAAACACCCCUCCCUGGGCUCUGGGUGCUUACCCACGAAGGUCUCCUCUGCGCCUGGUGGUUGGUGUACAAUGACGCAGUCAAGGAGGGCAAGGCAUACCCGGGUCUCACCAUCGCGGACACGUCACCCGCUAUUGCUGCAACGCCAACCCCCCCCGUGUCAGCGCCCUCAGUGUUCGGUGGCACACCGGCUGGUUCGGCAUUUGGGUCCACAACCCCGACGUCAAAUCCUGCGUUUGGGGCCGCUCCCCAGCUUGGUACGACCUCAUCUCCGUGGGGUGCGUCAACUCCUCCUGCGAAGCCCUCCCAGACUGGGGGUGCUACCUUUGGCUCAAGCACCUUCGGGUCUACUACUCCUGCGACCCCUGCUUUUGGAAAGCCUAGCACAUUUGGCCAGUCUGCUCAGCUAGGCAUCAGGACUUCUCCCUGGGCUGCUGGCGGAGGAGCAGCACCUGCUUUUGGACAGAGCGGUUUUGCAAGCUUCGCCAACAAGAGCCCAGCUAGCCCAUUUGGUUCCGCUACUCCAAGCUCACCCGAGGCCAAACCCGCUCCGCCUUCCUCCGGUGGCUUCGCCGGAUUUGCUACUCAGGGCGGUUUCGCCUCCAUCGCUGCCAAUAACAGCGGAUCGAGCGUCUUUGGUGGUGCGAGCAGCUCUUCGGUUAGCCCCUUUGCAGCCGCCGCUAAUAGGGAUGGAGCCAGCGCCUUUGGCAAGCCAUCUGCACCUGCUUUCGGGUCCGCUGCCAACAAAGACGCAGGUAGCGCCUUUGGUAAGCCGUCCGGCAGUGCUUUUGGAUCUCCUGAGAACAAGGACGGAGGUAGCUCCUUUGGAAAGCUGUCUGCCAGUCCCUUCGGGUCCACAGAUAACAAGUCUGGAGCCAGUGUCUUUGGCAGUGGCAAUAAGCCCGCUGCCAACCCCUUCGGAUCGACCGAGAGCAAGGAGACGCCCAGUGCCUUUGGUGCAAGCAAGCCGCCUACUAGCCUAUUCUCUACAGGUGGCUCGACAACAUCUGGGUCUAGCGUCUUUGGAGCCCCGAGCAAGCCGGCACCCAACCCCUUCGCGCCUAGCAGCACUGGUACGAAGUCUGGCGGCGGACUGUUUGGAGCUGGGCCUUUCAAGCUGGAGAGCUCGUUCAAGCCAGAUCCGUCUGCCAAAUCGGACGAGAAAUCUGCUGCUGGAUCUCGAUCUGGUUCUUCGAUGUUUGGCAAUGCCUUUGGCUCUGCUCUGGACUCAGCUGGUCAAAAGCCAACAACAUCUACGGCCGCUAAAGACGAGGAUAUGGAUGCGGGAGAAGCGGUGUCACAUACUCAGACAAAGCCUAAGACAGACCUCGUCGGAUCCCAGACCACUGAAGAGCCGAAGACUACGGGGCUGUUUAGCAAUCCGAAACCGCCGGUACCAGCGAGCUCCAUUUUUGGCCAACCUAGUCAGCCCGCCAAUACAGGCAGCUCUCUGUUCAGCUCCAAGCCAGGGCCACCGAAGUCGUCGCCUUUUAGUUUCGUUGACAAGAAGAAGGAGCCCGAAGUCCCUCUGCCGCCAGACAAGAGCAAGCUGACCUAUGCUCUCGGGAACUCGUCUUCAUCGUCAGCUACGUCUACCGCAACCAAAACCGACAAACCCGUUAAACCGACAUCCUCUAGGCCUGGCGAUGCCCCGCUUCCGCCGGACCCAACACCCAAGCUCAACAAGGAAGAGUCGACUAAGAGGGAUUCGCCUGUAUCGGCAGCCGGGAUCGAGGCACCCCUUCCCCCUGACUUUGUCAAUGUAUCAAAACCAAGGGAGACACUGGCUGCCGAGAAAAAAUCGAAGUCGGUGCCAUCCUUCUCGGCUGAGGCGGCACCACUUCCUCCCGAUUUCAUCGUACCCAAACCGCUCUCAAAGGAGCCAUCUGGUGUCCCCCCUGUGCCCGAAGAGGAUGAGGGGUUGGAGGACGAGGAAGAGGACGAGGAAGAGGACGAGGAAGAGAGCGGAUUUGAGGAUAAUGCCACAGAAGGAAGCGGUGUUGAUGUGACGCGGGAGCUUAGCCCAGACCUCAACGCCCUUGCCACGACACCUGGAUAUACGCCUCAGAGUUCGUUUGGAGGCCUUGGUGGAGGAGGCUUUGCUAGCACCACGCCGACCACUGGCCAGUUUGUCCAGGAGCGGCAGCGACCCUUGUUUGGCGAGGUUAGCCGCAAUGCCCCCAUAUUCGCACGCCCUGACAAGAUGAGCCCUCGCUCACCGAGCCCCAUCCGGGGUGCUGUGCCUAACCGUGUCCUCAAGUCUGAAGGGACGAGGUCGGUCAGUGCGCCCGGUAUGGCAUCCCAAAUCCUGGGGCCGCAAGGAACGCCAUCCCAGCUUGGGAAAUCUGUCGUUAGUCACGGCAAGAAUGCUCAAGGUGAGGACUCGUUUAUGACACAGCAGAGGAAGACCAAGGAGCGCCAGGAGCGGGAGGAGACGCAGCCUCUAGUGGAUGAGGAAGAUGACGAAAUUCAAAAGAUCCUGGCCUCAGAAGUUGAGGAGACCCAGGUUCUCGACGAGUUUAUCGCCCACGUCAAUACAGCACCGCCAGCGCAGGAGAGUAUUCCAUCGCAGGUUGAGGCUGUCUACCGUGACAUCAACUCGAUGAUUGACACUAUUGGCCUGAAUGCACGAUCUGUCAAGGGGUUUAUUAAGGGUCACACGGAGAACCGCAAGGGAGAGGGACGGACGAAGAACGACCUCGAAUCUGCCGACGGCUGGGUGCUCUGCGAAAUUGACGAGCUAGGACGCGUGCUGGACGGGGAAGUUCGUGCCGAUCUCGACGAUGGGCGUGUUCAUGAUCUCGAAGACAAGCUUGAUGCGUGCCAGGACCUCGGCAGGGAGAUGCACCGUCUUCGAGCCAAGCAAGAGGAUCUGAAGAAGAUCUUAACGGCUAAGAUGGAUCCCGAGCAGGCCGAGGUGACGCAGUCUCUCCCGCUCUCGGCGGAGCAGGCAGCACAGCAGAACGAGCUGCGCAGAGAAUACACCAACUUCUCAAGGCUUCUGGCCGAAGCCGAGGAGGCGCUCACUGUUCUCAAGACGCGCAUCGCCUCGGUGUCGUCCGGUCGCGGCAACACGGCCUUGCCUACGGUGGAGGCUGUCAUGCGCACUAUAACCAAGAUGACGGCCAUGGUCGAGAAGCGCAGCGGGGAUGUCGACGUGCUGGAGAACCAGCUGCGCAGGGUGCAGCUGGGCUCCACUAGUCGAGAGGCAUCUCCCAUGGUGACGCCCCAAGCCAGGCGAGGCAAGAUGUUCUCGCCGGAGUCGACUCCGUCGCGCAACAUCCGACACAACCUCAUGACCAGCGUCGGAUCCAUUGGCAGUCCGGCGCGGGGGACGCCACCUCGGAAGAAGGUCAGCGGGUUUAGUAAAGAGGAGAAGGGAGAGCUGAUGAACAAGAGGGCCCGACGACAGGCCGUCCUGGAGAAGUUCAGGGACAGCGUGGAGAAGAAGGGUGUACAUGUAUGGAAUAUGGAGGACAUUGAAUGA